AUGCCUUACUUUACCCACCAGACGUUGGGUAAUCGCCGCACCAAAAUCGUCAUCGAGGACUUGCCACCAGAGGUUAUGGCAGAGGAGGUCAAGGAGGAACUGCUUCGACUCGAUUCGGAAGAUCCUUUGGUCCACCAGUACAGCAAGAGGAAUCCUGAGACCAGGGCAUUGAUCCCCUGCCCUACCCACGUCGUCUCCCUUUCCCGCAGGAAGGACAUAGAGCGGAUUUACCAAAUCCGUAUAAAUAGGGUGCGAUCCCAGCAGCCUGCAGCCACCGCCUCCAGAAUGCAGCGCCUCGCCCUCUUGUUCGUGUGUCUGCUCGGCUCUGCCGCGGCCUUGCCGGCCCGCACCAGGCUCUGGAGCAGGGGCAACAGCCGCAUCAUCGGAGGAAGCAACGCCAACAUCGCCAACUACCCGUGGCAGCUGUCCUUCCAGUAUGGCGGUUCGCACAUCUGCGGAGCCUCCAUCAUCAGCUCCACGUGGGCGCUGACGGCCGCUCACUGUGUGGACGGUAUGAGCCUCCUUCUGAUGACUUUCAGAGCCGGAUCGUCUAUUCGUGGAAGCGGUGGUACCGUACUGAGGGCCUCCUCUGGCUACAUGCACGCAUCGUACGACAGUGAUACGGUGGACUACGACGUUGCCGUCGUUCAGGUGUCUGGAUCCCUGCUCGGUACGAACGCCCAGGCCGUCAGCCUCCCAUCCGACGGCUACGACCCCGCCGGAGGCCUGGCCGUGACCGUCACUGGCUGGGGAUCCACGUACACGAACGGCCCGGCCCCGAGCAACCUGCAGAAGCUGGACAUCAGCAUCGUGGCGCGCUCCACCUGCCAGAGCAUCUUCGCCAACGUGAACACCGUGACGGCCCGCAUGGUGUGCGCCGGCAGCGCGGGCCAGAGCGUGUGCAGCGGAGACUCGGGCGGCCCCCUGGUCAGCGGCAGCACGCAGGUGGGCAUCGUCUCCUGGGGGGUCAGCCCCUGCGAGGCCAGCCCCGGCGUCUACGCCAACGUCGGGAACCUGCGCUCCUGGAUCCGCUCUGCAGCAGGUGUCUAA